UUUAAAGUAAUUACUUUAGUUAAGAAUUGUGGGAUUGAAAAUUAAUGGUGUUUACCUUUGUAUUUUGGCCACCAUAACCUAUAUAGUUUAUAUAUUUCGUAUUUUUGUGAAAACUUAAACACGUAACUAUUUUCUAAUUGUGUUUUAAUUCCAGCGGAAGGAUAGUUAAAUAUAACAUUACUAGGUUAAUGAAUAAAUGGGCAUACAUUUUUUUUAGUAUAUAAAAUAGUGUUAUUUUUAAAUGAAGCUGUAUUAAAUUAUUUUUACUGUGCAACUUAGAUCGUUUUUGUAAAUUUAAAUAGGCUAAAUGCUAUUACGUUGUUAGCUCCAUAAUGCAAUGAUUUUCGCUCAUUGUUAUACCAUCUCAUGUCACUAGGUGUUGAUUUGGCUAGUAGUAAGCGCGCGGAGGACCGGGCUGGGGCGUAGCAUGGAGCGGGGGGCAUGACGCGGGACGACAUGGGGCCCCGGUGCGAGCACCCCGCGGCGGCCGGGCGGCCGGCCAGGCGGAGGCGGAGGUGGGACGUGACUCCGGAGGACCUGGUGCGGGAGAAGCAGGCGGCCGCGGCGGCCCGGGAGCUCGGCUGCAAGGUGAAGAGGCCGCGGGCGGACCCCGAGUCUGGCACGCCGGAGAGGAGUCGGUCCCAGGAGACUGCGGCGGGCCUGGACUGUUCGAGCCCCAGCGGGCCCUCGGAGUCCUCGUGCGGGUCCCCUGCCGCCCCCGGCGACCCGCCGCCCCCAGGCACCCCUGGACUCAGCAAUGGCGGCCUAGCGGCGGGCCCAGGACAGCAGCUACAGGACCCCCUGGGCUCCCCUGUGGCCGCGGGCAGCUUCUCGGCGUGGCCCCAGGUCUCCGACACCACCAUUAAGAGCGAGGUGCAGAGUCCAGGCCUGGGCGAGUCCUCGCUCAGCCAGACUGACGUCCUGUACGGCGCGGACUCUCUGGGCUCCUACUCCGAGAGCAAGGACUACUCGCAGCAUCCCUACUCCGCUCCCUACUACAGCACAAUGCAGCAGGCUUACGGCAGCCAGUCGUACCUGCAAGGUACCAACUUCUACAAUUCGACAGCGUACGGAGUUUUGCCGCAAGGAUACACGUCCGGGGGCUCCAGGGGACUGGCCCAGCAGUGCAAGGCGCAGACGGGCGGCUCCUGCCUCAACCAGUACGCGGGCUCCAGCUCGACGUUCGGCGGGGGCAGCGGGGGCGGCGGGGGCGGCGCGGGGUCGUCGUGCGCGGUGGCGGCGCAGCAGGCCCACCAGAGCGCCGGGGACCAGGCGGCGGCCGCCUACGCCGCCUACACGGCGCAGUACAACUGCCCGUCCGCCGGCGCGGGCUUCCCGCCGGCCCAGGGCUUCUCGCAGCAGGGGCUGGACUACAGCGCGUACGGCAACCCCUACUCGGGCCACCAGGCGGCGCCGUACGCCGGCUACUACUCGCAGAGCUACUCCUCGCCCUACAUGUCCGGGGGCAGCUCCAGCAGCUCGGGGAGCGCCCUGCCGUCGUCGUACCAGCUGGCCGGCCUCACGCACACCCCCGCGCUCUCAGACAGUCCCGGCGGCUACCAGCUGGCCGAGGACGCCGCGUCGCCGGCGAAGGCGGACGUGAACGGGGGCGGCGGAGGCGGGCGGAGGUCCCGGGAGGCGGACGGCGGGCCGAGGGCGGCCCGGGGGCGCGGCCGCCGCCAGAACAACCCCUCGCCGUCCAACCCGGAGUCCAACCUGGAGCGGGUGUUCGUGUGGGACCUGGACGAGACCAUCAUCAUCUUCCACACCCUGCUGACGGGCACCUACGCCUCCAAGUACAACAAGGACAACAGUAAUGUCAUGGACUUGGGUUACAAGAUGGAGGAGUUGGUCUUCACACUGGCUGACAAUCACUUCUUCUUCAAUGAAAUUGAGGACUGCGACCAAGUGCACAUAGAUGACGUGUCCUCCGACGACAACGGCCAGGACCUGAGCUCGUACAACUUCAGCGCCGACGGGUUCCACGUGCCCGCCACCAACGGCACCAUGUGCCUCGCCUCCGGCGUGCGGGGGGGCGUGGACUGGAUGAGGAAGCUCGCCUUCCGCUACCGCAAGAUCAAGCACGUCUACAACAGCUACCGGAACAGCGUGGGCGGUCUGCUGGGGCCGGGCAAGCGCGACCAGUGGCUGCAGGUGCGCAACGACAUUGAGACGGUGACGGACAGCUGGCUGACGCUGGCCAUCAAGUGCCUGGCGCUCAUCAACUCGCGCGCCAACUGCGUCAACGUGCUGGUGACGACGACCCAGCUGGUGCCGGCGCUCGCCAAGGUGCUGCUGUUCGGCCUGGGCAACAUCUUCCCCAUCGAGAACAUCUACUCCGCCACCAAGAUAGGAAAGGAGAGCUGCUUCGAGCGAAUAGUGUCGCGGUUCGGGCGGAAGUGCACGUACGUAGUCAUCGGCGACGGGCAAGACGAAGAGGCGGCCGCCAAGCAGCUCAGCUUCCCGUUCUGGCGCAUCUCCAGCCACAGCGACAUGGCGGCGCUCUACAACGCCCUGGACAUGGGCUUCUUAUGAUUCGUUGUGGCCGUGGACUUGAAGAGAUCGUGCGCGCGGCGCCGCGAGGUUCCCCCGUGCAGAGCACCACGCAGUGUCGAACUACCGCACGAACCCCCGCUGGCGCGCGGUUCAAGCGAGCCGUGCUGCGCUGAUGUCCGUGUGCGUCGGUAUCGUCGAGUGCUCCCGACUCUGGCGACGUUCUUCCCAUGGACCUCGAUCGUGAAGCAAAGCAUCGAGGGGGGAUAAGUUCAUUGUACUUGUAUUCAAAGGAUUUUGUUGAAACCUUAUCAAGUUGGCAGUGACGAAACACAGGAUUGAAACUGCACAUUAGGUACGUCGUUUAUUAACAUUGUUACUUGUGUCAUAGCAAAAAUGGUUUGUAUGACAAAAUGUGAAUUUUUUUUUCUUUUCCUGCACAAAUCGAAUUACGUACUGUAGUAUUGUUCAUGUAUUGGUUUUUAAUAGGCUUUUUUUUUCAAUGUUCUAGAAGUACAAUAAUUUUAAGUAUCACAUGGCAGCAUUAAAAAAAAAUUUCUUUUCAAGUUGUAUUAUGAUAGUUAUGUCUUGUUUCACUGUCUUUUAUUUGUACAUGUUCAAAUUCUUUCUAUGCACAGAUUUUUUUUAAUUAUUUUUUUGCCAUUUUAAAUGUGUGUCCCACGGCCAAAAAUUAUACAGCUUUCACUGGGUUGUGAUGACAAAAGAACAUGUCGGUUAUUAAGCGCUAAUUCAGAGUCAGAAGUUGUCUGGUAGGCUGAUAUUGUCCAUUUCUCGUCUUAAAUUACCGGGCGCUUAACUAGUUUGUAAUUGUGUAGAUGGGGUGCACCGAUAUCAAGAUAUCGUUUAUUGAUUGCAGGCACUGAUUUUAAUGCAGCAAAUGAAACGAUUUUGAACCUGAUGUGGUGUUUUGCCAAGAAUUUAAAAUCACAUAAAUCCUCUUUUUAAGAAAAUUUAAGAUUGCAAGCACUGAUAUGAUAAGUUACAUUAUUAGCAUUGUGGGAAAGUAUUUAAUUUUGCUUAGUGUUCCCAACAUUUAGAUAUUUAAUGUCAAUCGUAGUUCAUGUAACGGUUAGAUGUUGGCAGUAUACAGUAUACUCACAGAUAAGAAGAAUCGGCCAUUUCACACGAGUUCACCUUCAGAUCGGUACACCCCUUAAAGAAAGUAAACAUUUCCAACCUUUCAGAUCCUUCAAGCUGCACAGCACUUAUCUAGCAGGAGGGGGGGGGAAUGCUUUCGAAAAGGGACAAAUUUUGUUCAGGGUGAAGAUAAAGACGAACCCCUUAGCUUAAAAUAUUCAGGACUUCUGCACUUGGUAUAAGCACGGAUACGCGUUUCUGUUUUCAAGGCAAGUGCAUUGUUAGCAUGCUGCUGUCAAUUACAGUUUACAGUUUAAAUUAUCUACAAAAAUAAUACCUUGAUUAAAAUCCUUUUGUUCCACUGAAUGUUUUGAUUUAUUGUCCACUUGUUCUAGUUAGUUUAAAAUUUUUCUUACAUUUUUAGUGGCAUAUUUAUAAUGCACUCUCAUUUCUUAUUCAAAAUUGAAAGCUAAUGUUUUUGACUAUCAUUUGAGAACUGACUUCAGGAUAUUUAUUUCCCUCAGUUAACUUUCAUGAUGAUUCAAGCUGUAGCAUUGUGGCUUAUGUUCCGCAAGUGAAAAGGGAUAGAAUUCCUAAUUUCAUAUUUUAGCGUACUUUGUGCAAUCACCUUGUCCGUUUAUGUGGGCAAGUAUUUUUUUUUUGGCAUUUAUUUUACAGUACGUGCAAUAACAGAAAUAAAUUUUUAGUGCCUGAUCCCUGGUUUAAAACCGGUAGCUUAAGUGAACUAGAUAUUUUCUUGUUAUUUUUUUGGUCAUACAAGGGUAGCAAAAUUUUGCUGGGUCACGAGUCUCUUAAAAAUCUCGAAUUGUAGGAAAGGUCGUGAGAUUUCUAGAAGUUAUUUUAAAUGAACUGCUCUUGAUUGAAGCUUCUUGAUUACGUUAAGACAACAAAUGGUUUAAACGCUGAUGCGAUGGUUUUAUACUUAGCGUAGGUUCUACCACACUCCACAUUUUAUACUUUAAAUAGGGUUGUAGCUGAAAGCCAAAUGUAAUCAUUCAUGUCAGUUUAUGUGCUAUUGAGAUACAGUUAAAAAAAAAAUUCAAUUUCUGUGACCCGGUAUACACAUCUGUUUUGCGCAAAUAAGGAAUUUCUGUGCUUGUAAUAAUUUUGUCUGCGAAUUGCCCUAAGGAACUAAAGUUAUUUUGUUAACUAUUAAGGUAGUUUUAGAAAUUUGCUGAAAUUUGUGAAAGACCUGUGUCCAAUUAUAGCACAAAAUAUGCAUGAUUUCUAUUGUCACGCCCUCAAUUAUUAUUAUUUUUUUUACUUUGAAGAGUUUUAGACAUUUAGAAAAAUGCAUGUACUUUCAAUUUGUUACAUAAUUAAUUACUGUACUUACAGGAAACAAUUGUGCAGUUUCUGAAUUAUUCAUAAUGCCAUGAUUUUAAAGUGUAAUCAUUGAAGGAUUUUGAUUAAUGUAAAUCAUAAAGCUGGAUUUAAUCUUGCUUAUAAGAAAAGGAGCUUGUGGUAAGGGGGGGGGGGGGGGGGGGGGGCAGAUCUGGAAUCUGCCACUCGUUACUAUUCUUUCUAGAAAAAAUGUCAUCAUUACAACAAAAGAAUUUGUACUAUCCAUCACUUCAUUCAUUAUAUUUAUGUAUGAGGUAUACAAAAAUUAUUACUUAUUUGUAAAGUUUUUUUUUGAUUUUUUUGUUGGCAAUAUUGUGCAUAGGCAUUAAAGUUUGUCUGCAGUGUGUUUUUUUCCAUACAAAUUCAAGAAAAAAGUUUUUUUUUUUUUUUUUAGAUUUUUUUUUUUGGCAAUAUUGUGUAUUGGCUUUAAAGUUUGUCUGCAGUGUGUCUUUUUCCAUACAAAUAAAAGAAAACAUGUUUUAUGUACAUUAUAACUACACUAUAUCCUUAAAAACUAAUUCCCAAAUUGUAUUCUCAUUAAUUGCACAACACCUGCAAAGUCACAUUUCUUUUAUAGGGUUUGGUUAUAAUUUUUGCACAAAGACAGUAAUCUCUUUAAAAAAUUCAAAAUAAAUUUUUUAAGGAUUUUUGCCAUCUAUAUACGUACAUGUCAUGGCACAUAAAUUUUAUGACACAGGGUUAUGUAAACAUUAUGUGAAAGCAAAUGACCUGUAAAUUGUUAUCAGUUGUACUAAUGACUUAAAUUUUUUUUAUUAUUUUGUAUACCAACAGAAUACAAAACAUACCUUGAACAAUGGCUAAGAGAAAUUGUUUGUGUUAAAGAGUUUUGGUUACAAAUAAAACAUUUACUUAAA